GCGGUGGCGCGGGAUCCGCCGCGCGGCAGGACAUGCGACGCAGCGGCGCGGGCCAGCGCCGGAUCUGCUCGCCAGACGGAGCCUCACAAGGAAGGGGGCGUCAUGGGCAAGCGAGUGAAGUCAACUCACAAGGAAGGGGGCGUCAGGGGCAACAGAGGGACGUCGCUGACGGACCUCGAGUCCUACUCCACGAGCGCGAGCUCAACUGAUGACACAUCUCCAGAAAGAACUAAACGUAGAAGACGACGGACUCCGUCUUCAAGAAAUGCUAGGAAAAAUGAGGAGCUGUUAACGUGCUCUCAGGAUAAUGAGAUCCUACUGAUGCUAAAAUUACUCAAUGUGAAGUUUGACAAACAAUCGAAGCAGAAUAAGGAUGACAUUAGUGAAAUACGCAAAGAGUUGCAGGAGCUUAUUGAAAAUAAGGAUGACACUGUUGAAAUGCGCAAACAGUUGGAGAAGGUUCUUGAAAAUCAAAAUGUUCAGAGCAAAGAAUUGGAGAAGCUCCGCAAACAAUUAGAGCUUCAUACUAACGGCACAAGUCAUGCUUCUGAUGCUCCAAGAUCACAAUCAAAUCAACUGCAGCCACCUCGAUACCGACUGGUAUUCACAUCUGGGAAUAUUGACACAAUUGAAAAAGGGCAAACCAUAGAUAUAAGUGUAGCUCUAGUUGAGGGUAAUAAUGAUCAAACUGUAGAAAAUGGACCCCUUGCUUCUGCUACAGUUGAGUUGGUUGUCGUUAACGCAGAGUUCAAUGAACAUGAUAAUCAACACAAUUGGUCCAGAGAGGAUUUUGAGUCCUACGUGAAAAAACCACGUCGUGGGAAUGUGGAUCAGUCAGCAAAAUCAAUAGUUAGUAACGGCCGAUUUAACCUUGUUGACGGGGCUAAAUGUCACCGUGGUUCUACAAUAUUCGAAAACUCCAGUAACAAGAAGGUUAGGCUUGGGGUGAUCGUAGUGUCGCCAACUGAAGAACGAGUUCUAGAAGGACUAUCAAAUUCUUUCUUUGUGCGGGGCCAUGACCGGUCAGGAAGACAAAAUAACUUGUGCCAUAACAGCUCAAACAGACAAAGGCAACCUCUGGUUGACAAUGAUCAUCAAGAACAAAAUAACCCAGUGCCUAACCUGCCUCACCCGUCACAAAUAGAUUCAACUCAAACUGCAGGAAACAGAUUGGAUAUAAUUGGGGGACAAUCACAGCUUCCAUUUCUAGGAACUAAUAUGUUUUCUACAGAGCCAUGUACCGGUGCUAUGAUACCACCAUACUUUAAUCCUGAUUUGCUGUGGGUGCCCCAAGCUAUUUGCAGACAAAACGGGCAAGCUCUGGUUGAUAAUGAUCAUCAAGAACAAAAUAGCCCAGUGCCUAACCUGCCACACCCGUCACGGAUAAAUUCAACUCAAACUGCCGGAAACAGAUUGGAUAUAAUUGGGGGACAAUCACAGCUUCCAUUUCUAGGAACUAAUAUGCUUUCUACAGAACCAUGUACCGGUGCUUUGAUACCACCAUACCUUAAUCCUGAUUUGCUGAGUGUGGCCCAAGAUAUUUGCAGACAAAAUGAUACACGAUUCAAUACAAACCCAACAACACUUGCAGUGCAACUUGCAUGGGAUAGGCCUAAUGUGGAGCCGAGCAAGCGCCAUUGGAACCUUCUUGAUCAGCUCAUGCCGCUGCCAAAAUUUAAUAAUUGUGGUUUACCUACUACGCGCCUCAUGCAAAAGCACUUAGACCCAUUGACUAUCAAAUCAAAGGAAGUCAUGCAGACUCGCCGGAACAGAGGUGUUAUCAUUGAGCCACUUGAGCCUGAAGAGCGACAACUGAAGAGGAAGAUGUGCAGUAAAUACAAAUUGCGAUUUGUGAAUAAGGUGUGCGAGGCCUAUCACACAAGGGAUCGAAUAAAAGCAGAUGAUGGGAGCCUUCUCAAAGUUGCUUUGUUCGAUGAGAACAACAGAAAGAUCACAUAUGGUCCCCUGUCUUCAGCUUCUGUUCAGAUCGUUGUUCUCCAUGGUGACUUCAACGACCACGGUCAGGAUUACUGGACUUCAGAGGAGUUCAGUCGCUACGAAGUGUGUCCACGGCCUGGAGAAGAAGCAUCAUCAGUCCUAGGAGGUAAUUGCAUCUUAGUUCUAGCUGAUGGAGAGGCAUGUCUUGGUGAUGCCUUUUUCCAGAUGACAUCCUAUUGUGCUAGAACUGGAAAGUUCAAGAUGGGUGUAAGGCUAGCUAGCACCCAAGAAGAGAGAAUUCAAGAAGGAGUAUCAGAACCAUUCUCGGUGAAGGAUUGUCAUUUUGCAGGAGAGUGUGGGCGUGUCACUGGCAUAUGGCCGGAGGAUGACACUGCUAGAAUUAACCAUCCUUUGGUGGUGCAAGCAAUAAAAGCUGCUUAUGAUGAAAAUAUGAGAAUACGAGAAUGUCAACCGCACAAGAGGAAGAUCGUUGAAAUCGCACUCAAGAUCAAGGAGGCCGUGGAGACGGUUAAGCAGAACGAGAAGGAGUGCCGUGACAUCAAGAGGUGCGCUGCCAGGGUCAGCGCUCUCCUCAGGAACCUUGACGAGACGACGGAAACGAUGAAGGACGAGGUGAUGCGUGACGCGCUGGAGGAUCUGGCCAAAUCCCUGGAACGCGCCCUCGAGCUGGUCACGGAGUGCCAGCGGAAGCACAUCUUUCGCCGCUUCUUGGGAGCAGGAGACAUGGCCAAGGAACUGGGCCGGGUCCAGGAUGAUAUAGAGAGGAAACUGCAGCUGGGGAACUUCGCCACCAAUGUCCAGACCACCAUCAUGGUGACAAACAUCCAAUCUGCUGGUGAUCUUCCUCCUCGUCCUCCUCCACCCCGAUCCCAAGGGGAAGUGAUUAUUGAUGGCUUCACAAAGUUCAGUUUAUCUGAAUUGAAGGCCGCUACAGAGAACUUUUCCGAAGGAAACAUGAUUGGAAGUGGUGGCACUGGUGAUGUUUACAAGGGUGUCCUGCAGGACGGACAAGUCGUUGCCAUAAAAAAAUUGCAUUAUAUUCGUGACAUUGACGAAAGUGGGCUAUACGAUGGAAUUAAUGCUUUUGUAGAUUUGAAGCACAAAAACAUAAGUAGACCUCUGGGAUAUUGCCACGAAGUGAUAAUGGUCUUGAUCAGAGAUAAUGGAAAAUGUGUUAGAGCUGAACACAGAGAAUUUUGUUUUGUCGAAGAAUACAUGGAAAACGGAAGUAUGGAGAAGAUUAUCGACGGGUCUCGAUUUAUUGGUUGGUCCUGCCGCUUCAAAAUGAUUCAGGGGAUAGCCCAGGGGCUACAUUACCUGCAUGAGCAACGUGUCGUCCAUAGGGAUCUGAAACCAGCCAACAUCCUCUUCGAUUCUGAUAUGAAUCCUCGGAUCAGUGAUUUUGGCGUAGCUCAAAAGUUGGACCUUGGUGUUGAAGAAACCAGCGGCGACACCAACAUAGCUGGCACAGUGGAUUACAUGCCUCCAGAGUACCUGUUCGAAGGAACUGUGUCAACGAAGUGCGAUGUGUAUGCUUUUGGCAUCACCCUCCUUGGGACCAUUAUUGGCGGUAUGAGCAUGUCUAGGCCCCAGGAACCAAUUCGAUGGGCUUUCGAAGCUCGGGAUGAUGUACGGACGGAGUUGUUUAAACCGUCAUUGUGUUGCAAGUCUCAGCUAAUGCAGAUCAAGAAGUGCAUGGAGAUUGGGCUCCUGUGUGUUGAGGAAGACAGGGAGCAUAGGCCCACCAUGGCGGAUGUGCUUGCGAUGCUAAAUGGUGUGAAAGAGUUGCCAGCUCUAAAGCAGCCAUGGGGCAUCGAGUAGGGCAGAAGCGGCCCUGCAACCUUAUUUAUCCGGAUUGCUUGUGCCUCUAAUUGUCCCUAAAGAAGAAACAUGUGCCUCUGGUGACGUGGCUUGACCGCUUAAAUUACUUUUUACUCCCCUUCUCACUUGUAUUGAUAAAGAAGGCUGGAGGCGUAACACGUCCUUGUCUAGAAUUUGUUUUAGAAUUUGUAUGGUCAGGCCAUUCUUUAAGAAUGUAAAUUAAGUAAGAGUGCAUUUAGUUCAUAGAUAAGUAGCUCAUACAAUGCAUCAUUUCAUCUUUUGAUUUGUUGAAGACUGCAUACAUUACUCUUUGUAACUAACUUAUACAUUCCUCCUUUCACGGAUUCAACCGCCCCCCCCCCCCCCA